AAACACCGCAAACAUCCCGGCGGUAGAGGUAAUGCCGGCGGUCAACAUCACCAUCGGAUUCAUUUCGACAAAUAUCAUCCGGGUUACUUCGGCAAAGUGGGAAUGCGAACCUUUCACGUCAAGAAGAAUAGUCUGAAACAUUAUUUGCCGACCAUUAAUAUCGAGCAGAUCUGGGCUCUGGUCGGCGAUCGUAUGCGAGAGCACUACCAGAAGAGCACCGACGGGAAGGCGCCCGUCAUUGAUGUCAUUAAACACGGAUAUUUCAAAGUGUUAGGCAAAGGACGGCUCCCGAAGCAGCCGCUGAUAGUGAAGGCCAGGUUUUUCAGCAAAAGCGCCGAAGCGAAGAUCAAG